UGGAGUUUUGGAUUCUUACUCUUUGGAUUUGGAGCCCUUUACUUAAAAGUAAAGUUUUCUCUCCCUACUUGGUUAUUUGUCGAGUUUUGGAUGCCUGAAAUGCAUAUUAUCUCUUCACCUAUGAACUGUCUUCAUUGCCUGUUUUUUUUCAAGAGAAAAAUAUUUUAUGGAAAGAACAUUUUUGGGUGAUUUUGCAUUUUCGGUCCUUGUUCUGAUUUUCGAACUGUUGUUAUUCUGAAUUUAUUUUCAUGAAGUUAUUAUUUUAUUUUUGGCUCCUUUCAUAAAUUGGAAAGGAUAUGGAUGAACUUCUUUCAUCCCUGUUUGAGUAAUAUAAAUUGGAAUGGAUAUGGAUGAGCUACCUGAGAGUUGAGGUUUAGGGAGUGGCCAGAAUGAAGAUAGUGAAUAUAUUAUUCUUUAGUCAUAAUUAAUUUGGCGAAGUGGUGUAUCCUUCAAUACCUGUACAAAGAUGUCGACGCGUGGUUCCAUUGUCCUGCACUUCAGUGACUGGAUGUGUCUCGUCUUAUUCAAUUAGUUUGUGAUGAUAUGAUAUCUACGGAUUUAUGGUGCUAUGACAACUGCUACAUAAAUCUGUGGGUUCUAUGACGAUGCAUAAUCUUUGGUCAGCUGUCCUUCUAAAAACAAACCGGACCUCAGAAUUCCUUGGUUUUUGUUUGUGUUUGGGUUUUAGACCCUUAGGUCGUAUCUCAUAGUCUUUAGGAAGAUGUAGUUGUUUACUGCUUCUGGUUUUAUGAACUUGCAUUGUAUUUUCUUUAAGUUCUUUGUUUGGAGCAAAAGGAGCAGCUUUUAAGUGAAAUGAAGAUUGAUCUGACCCAAUGCAAUUUCCAAAAAUGAAGAAUGGAAGGAAUAAACUGACCGAAGUAAUUACUCUAAAAUGUCGUGAAAAACAAAAGAAAGAGUCUUCUCGGCUCCAAGGUGUUAACAGAAAGCUGUCUGCAUUGAACAAACUGCUGAUGGAGGAGAAUGACAGGUUGCAGAAGCAGGUGUCUCAACUUGUUUAUGACAAUGGCUAUAUGCGCCAGCGGUUGCACAAUGUGUCUGCAGCAACUACAGACACCAGUUGUGAAUCUGCAGUGACAAGUGGUCAGCAGCCACAGCAAAAAAAUCCAACACCUCAACAUCCACAAAGAGAUGCUAACAACCCAGCUGGUCUACUUGCUAUUGCGGAGGAGACCUUGGCAGAGUUCCUUUCGAAGGCUACUGGAACUGCUGUCGAUUGGGUUCAGAUGGUUGGAAUGAAGCCUGGUCCGGAUUCUAUUGGAAUUUUUGCUGUUUCCCACAACUGUGCUGGCGUAGCAGCUCGAGCAUGUGGUCUUGUGAGUCUAGAACCCAUUAAGGUUGCAGAGACUCUUAAAGAUCGUUCAUCUUGGUACCAUGAUUGCCGUUGCCUUGAUGUGCUUACAGUAAUUCCUGUUGGAAAUGGGGGGAGUAUUGAGCUUUGUUACAUGCAGACAUAUGCACCUACCACUUUGGCAUCAGCACGUGACUUUUGGACUCUGAGAUACACUACUGGACUGGAAGAUGGCAGUCUUGUGAUAUGUGAAAGAUCAUUGACUCUGGCAACUGGUGGUCCUGUUGGGCCAGUAGCCUCAGAUUUUGUUAGAGCUGAGAUGCAUCCUAGUGGGUAUCUCAUUCGCCCCUGUGAAGGGGGUGGUUCGAUGAUUCAUAUUGUUGAUCAUGUUGAUUUGGAUGCUUGCAGUGUGCCUGAGGUUAUUAGACCACUAUAUGAAUCACCCAAACUUCUAGCACAGAAUAUGACAGUCGCUGCACUAUGUCAUAUUAGACAAGUUUCACAGGAGACUGGCAACGAAGUUGUUUGUGGUGGGGGGUACCAUCCUGCUGUAUUGAGAAACUUUAGUCAGCGACUGAGCAGAGGCUUCAAUGAUGCUGUAAAUAGUUUUGCUGAUGAUGGAUGGUCAUUGAUGGGUAGUGACUCUAGCGUUGAGGACGUGACUAUUGCUUUAAGGUCAUCUCCAAACAAGCAUCACGGACCUCUUUUGAAUUCUUCAACAAUGUUUACUGCUCUUGGUUGUGGCAUCCUAUGUGCAAAAGCAUCCAUGUUAUUGCAGAAUGUUCCACCUGCUUUAUUGGUUUGCUUUCUGAGGGAACACCGUUCAGAAUGGGCUGACUUUGGCAUUGAUACUUAUUCUGCUGUAUCAUUGAGAUCUACACCGUACUCAAUCCCCAGUGUGAGGUCUGGUGGAGGCUUUUCAGGCAAUCAGGUUAUACUUCCUCUUGCUCACACCAUCGAGAAAGAAGAGACGUUGGAGGUAGUCAGGCUCGUAGACCAUGAGUUUAGCCAAGAUGGUGCUUUGUCUAGAAGCGUCAACUUGCUACAGCUCUAUAGUGGCAUCGAUGAGAAUGCAGUAGGUGCACGCUCGCAGCUUGUUUUUGCACCAUUUGAUGAAUCUUUUGCUGAUGAAACACCUCUUCUACCUUCUGGUUUCCGCAUAAUGCCAUUGGAUCUUGGAGCAGAUUCUCCAAAAGCUACUCGAACCCUUGACUUGGCAUCCACCCUCGAAGUUGGUUCGAGAGCUGCAACAUGUACUGAGAACAAAACCGCUGGCAAUGCGAUCAAUUUAAGGUCAGUUUUGACUAUAGCAUUUCAGUUCACAUAUGAAAAUCAUCUCCGAGACAAUGUGGCCGAUAUGGCACGACAAUAUGUACGGAGCGUGGUAGCUUCAGUUCAGAGAGUGGCCAUGGCAAUUGCACCUUCGCGUCUGAGUUCCAACAUCGGGGCGAAACAUUCCCUUGGUUCACCCGAGGCCCACACACUCUCAGAAUGGAUUUUUCGAAGUUAUAGGAUUUACACUGGAACUGAGCUCGUCCCAGCAGACCCACAAACUAAGGAAUCAUGUUUGAAGAACAUAUGGAACCAUUCAGAUGCAAUCUUGUGCUGUCCCUUGAAGGUUCCGCCGAUCUUCAACUUCGCCAACCAAGCGAGCCUCGACAUGCUAGAAACCACACUUGUAGCUCUGCAGGACAUAUCGCUAGACAGAGUUCUCGAUGACAACAGCAGAAAGGUGCUCUAUGCUGAAUUCCCCAAGAUCAUGCAGGAGGGCUUCACAUACCUUCCUGCCGGCCUUGGCUCUUCGAGCAUGGGGAGGCCGAUAUCGUACGAGCAAGGCGUAGCUUGGAAGGUCUUGAACGAUGCGGACUCGCCCUAUUGUUUGGCUUUCAUGUUCGUGAACUGGUCGUUUGUGUGAUGUCUCUUGGAAUCGAUACAAAAUGGAACUUAAGUUUUCUGUUUAUGCAAUGAGUCUCUAAUUUAAGGGAGAAGACGAUGAUGUAUUUAUAUACUUGUAUGUUCUAGGUGAAUGUGAUGCGGUGCUUAGGACGGCUGACUUAAGUUUUAUAGUGUUGAAGUUUGUUUGAUAAGAUAAUCAAAUUAAGUUUAAAAUAAAUUAAAUUUUUGAAAUGAUUGUUUAAUUUUGA